AUGUGCAGAGAAAUCAGCCUUGUUUUCCUUCUUCCUCACAAAGAAGAAAUGAAAAGGUUUCCAAAUUGCUUCAAACAGGGGGCUUCUCGAGCCCACGAGGGGGCCUUUCAGAGGCCCCCACCCAGAGGGGAGAGGGAGGUAGGGCAGCGCCCCCACGAGGUCCCAGGACCACCAGAGGCCUCUGGUGUCUCGCUGGAAUGCCGAUUCCUCCCCUCCCCUGCCCCCAGCCUCCUGGGUUACAUGCUCUGUGUCUGCAUUCACCAGCAUCUUCCCCACCCCAACCCCACUGUGUUUGAAGAUCACUGGACUAGUAAGCGCUCGGUUGGGUGGGAUAAGCAGACAGAUCUGGGGGUGACGUCAGAGAAAAGUGCCUUUGUAGGUGUCUUCGAGGUGCACAAGCCAUCGCCUGGCCGCCCGGGGUGCGGGUCCGCGAACAGCCGGGAAGAUGCCGGGGAAAGGCCGGAACUACUAAGGCCCUGGCCCCCAGAUGUGUUGGGCUACGCACCCAGCACUGCUGCCUCCCCAUCUCAGACCCUGUCAUCGCCCCGCCUCACCCCAGCAAGACUCCCCUGGGAAGCUGAUGACAUCAGAGGUGCCCCAGGAAGCCGCCCGCCCCCAGGGCGACAGACGGGACUAUUUAUACGGAGGAAACGCAGCCCUGUCACCCUCCGAUUCCACGUUGCCUUCUGCUUCCCCGGCUUCCUCCGCUCGCGCCGGGGCUGCUGCGCCUAUAUUAGGAGCUCGGCAGAUGGAAGGGGCGGGACCUUCCGCGUCGCCCCGGGCUGGGCUCUCUGCACGUGCAUGCCGGCCCUGAGCCAUCAAGGACCUGGCCCACCCUCCCUGGGCUGUCUGAACCUCCCUGGGACCCUAGGGGGUAAGGACUCCGUGUAG